CUUGAGCAUAGCAAAAAAAUAAGAGGAGACAACAGGAGCAGCCCAAUGAUGGAACCAGACCCGAGUACCGACCGACAAAAGCGGGAAGGAGAAGGAGGGACUAGGUUUCGGUGGGAACAUUCCUACAGUAACACGUAUUCCGCCAGUUGUUACUCAAAUAACAAAAUCAAGGCAACGUACGGUACAACUUUCCCCUCUUCUCUUCUCUUUUUAAUGGGUCAGUCAAAAGUCUCAGACCAUCGAAGCUCUCCUUUUAUUUGUAUUUGCUCCCCCACUUCAUUUGUUUAUUAUUUCAACUUUUUUUCUUUUUUUUGUUGAAAUAAUUUAGUUGGUAGUUGAUAGCAAAUUGAAAUAAUUUACUGCCCCAUCCGGUAUCCUAAAAUUGAAGGCUAUCUGUCUCUCUUUCUUUCUCUCUCUCUCUCUCCUGCAAACAGAGAAGAGGAUCUUUCAUCCAUUGUCCCGGAAAUACUGGAGGGAACGCCCGAUCCGUUUAACUGCAAACUUAUUUCCCUUUCACGAUUUCCCCGCCACCUCCUUUCUCUUUAGAUCUGGGUUUCUUCCCUCUUUUUCCCUUUGUUUUUUUUAAUAAAACCUAUUCUUUUUACUUUUAACUGUAAUUUUUUAUUCUAUUCUUUUCGACUCGAUUUGCAUUCGUUUCGAUCGGAGAAAGGUCAAUUAGUUUCUCUAUAUUUAAUGCUCCAGGUUCUUUAAAUUUCGAUCAACCCCAAAACAAAAAAAAAAAAAAGAAAAAGAAAAAGAAGAAUUGAAGGUCAAAUAGAGGUGGGUGAUGAAAUUAGGGUAAAGAAUUAGGAAUUCCUUUUUCUUUUUUAAGGAAGCGGGGGAUAUGCAGAUGGAAAGGGAGAGGCGGAAUAGCAUUGCAAAUGGUGACUACAGUUACAAUACGAAUGCCAAUUAUAGUAAUUUUUGCAAUGAUUAUAGUGUUUUAGAGAAAGAAAAGAAUCAUAGUUUGCCGGCUUCAUCUUUACACGGUGCCGGUUUCAUUGAACAUCCCGUUUCCCGGUUCGAUACUCUCGCCGGCGUCGCCAUCAAGUACGGCGUUGAGGUAGCUGACAUAAAAAAGAUGAAUGGUCUGGUUACAGAUCUUCAAAUGUUUGCUCUUAAGUCACUCCAGAUCCCUCUGCCGGGGCGGCAUCCGCCAUCGCCUUGCUUGUCAAAUGGUUCCGAAACACCAGGACAAUGCAGUGCCAACCAAACCCCAGCCCAACAUUUUCCUCCUGAUUUGCUUGACUCAUUCCAGUCAAUGAGACUGAAGACUCCUCCUCGAAGGGUCUCCCCAGCAAUGAGCUCAUUACAAGGUUACUAUGGCCUUAAACCAGCAGAAAAAAAGACGAAAUCUGAAGGUUUUGAGAUGGCAGUAUAUAGGAAAGGAGAAGCUCAUUAUCUGGAGGAUGGUCCAUUCCUUAAACCCUCCCCUGCUUCCAACCCACCUUUGAAUUAUCAUCGUAAGUGUAGAAGCUUAGCUAAUGGAUUUUUUGAUGAGAAUGGUGAAGUUAUAGCUGAUAUCAUGUCUGCUGGAGAAGGUAAAGAAGGUGAAGCUGAUAAAUCAAAUGAGAAACUGAUCAGAAGACGGCAGAAAUCUGAGGCCGACUUUACUGCCCGUACCCCAGAAAAGCUGUUGAAGGAGGAUAACACCAGCAGUGGAGGAUUUUCAACAAUAACAGCGAAAGGCUUGGCACUGAGAUCUAAAGCAGCAAGCCGCACUGUUUCGGGACCUGAUGCUGAGGUUGCUGGGAUCAAUCCGAUGCCAAUAGGAAUUGGAGAUGGUUUUGUGGUCGAUGGAUUUUCUGUAGUGAGGAAGUCAUCAAGCACAUCGAGUUUGCAAGAUCAGGACAGUAAUAGUUUGUCAUCCCUCUGGCCAACAGCGUCCAAAUGGAGUUUGAAGCCUGAUUUACAAGCACUUUCAACUGUAGCCAUUACAAGACCUAUUUUUGAUGGAUUGCCAAAGCCAAUGUCGGGUCGUAAAAACAAAGCCGCGCUUGAUUAACUCCCCUCGCCUGCAUCAUAUUCCCAUUUACAUCAUCAAUUUUUGACUUCAAUUUGUGAGGCAUGCAAUUGCUAGCUCUUGAGGAGUAUAUAUAGAUAGAAAGAGAAAAUAAGAAAAAAGAGUUCAAUAAUACAAUAGUUUUCCCUAGUUUAUUUGAAAUUGUCGAUAUAAUAUAUAUAUAUAUAUAUAUAUAUAUAUAUAUAAUAUGUAUUAUGUAAUUUGUGUAAUUUAUUGUUUUGGCUUCACUUUUUAACCAAUUUUUAAAUGUAAGGUAUGGUGGGUGAGUGCCGAUCCUGUUUGUUUGAAUGUUUCAGACGAAGUUGUAUUCCUACUGUCUA